ACCCAUCGCUUCCCAUAAAAAAACGACUCUCAGGGUUUUGGGGAACCAAAGUUCACAAACAUCUCUCAUCUCGUCUCUAUCUCUUCUGGAAUUUACGCCUCGGUCUCUCCGCCGCCUCAUCACAAACCAUGGCUCGCCGAAGUUCCGGAGGAAGACCUGCUCGAUCUGCUCGUCCUGCUCCGGUGCGGAAUCCCCCUCAGCCAGUUAAUCGUGCUCCUCCUCCAGCUCCUGCACAGGCUGGCAGUGGUGGAUCCAUUCUAGGAGGCAUUGGUUCAACAAUAGCUCAGGGCAUGGCUUUUGGCACUGGAAGUGCAGUGGCCCACAGGGCUGUGGAUGCUGUGAUGGGUCCUCGCACUAUUCAACAUGAAACUGUGGCCACUGAGGCUGCUGCUUCCCCAGUUCCUACCACAAACAGUCUUGGUGGUUCUGAUGCAUGUGGUUUUCAGUCCAAGGCAUUCCAAGAUUGCUUGAACAACUAUGGCAGUGACCUCAGCAAAUGUCAGUUCUACAUGGAUAUGCUGGCUGAGUGCAGGAGGAACUCCGGUUCUAUGUUGAAUGCUUAAACACUUCCCCUUGCUUUUCCAUGCAAUGGAAACUUUGCACCUAUUAUUCCGAUUUGACGUUUGUGAUGAUAUGAUGAUAUGGUACUCCAUUUCUGGUUAAGAUUUGUGAGGGUGAUAAAGACAAUGGUUCUUUAAGCAUGUCACGUCUUAUUGUUAAUUGAACUGGGGACUUUUACAACAAUCCUGUUCUGCCCUAAUAAACUAACUGGUUUGUGACUGCUCUUAUUGUUUUAUUGUUGGUCUCAUUGGAUACAUUGGUGAAACGUGUAGACUUCAGGAUGCAAAUAAAUGAUCUUGUUGAAAGAUA